GGCGGUGGGCGCUGCUGUGUUUAUCAAAGGCUGUAGAACUUGUGUGUCUUCCUCAUAGCUACAUGCUAGUCACAUUGGACAUUACACUUUAACCUGACAGCUGAACUUUCUACAGCCCUGUUUGACCCAUUACCCAGUCCUCUACCUCUACCAGACACUAGGACCAUUCAGACAACAGCAUGGCAAGCAUUGGCCGGCUCUCCACCAAGGAUGCAGUGCUCCUCCUGUGUGACAUGCAGGAGAAGUUCAGACCCAACAUCUUCCAAUUUCCCAACAUUGUCAGCAAUGCGGCCAGAUUGCUCAAGGCCAGUCGUGUUCUCGGCAUCCCCGCCAUUUUAACAGAGCAGUACCCUAAAGGCUUGGGUCCCACUGUACAAGAGCUGGAGGCAGGUGACCUGACUGCUUAUGCUAAAACCUCUUUCACCAUGAUGAUAGAUGAGGUGGAGAAGCAGAUGCAGGCCCUCGGGAACCCCAAGCAGGCUAUACUGUGUGGAAUAGAGGCACACGCCUGUAUUGCAUGCACAACAUAUGACCUCCUUGAAAAGGGAAUAGAGGUUCAUAUCGUGGCUGAUGCCGUCUCAUCCAGAAGCCAGACAGACCGUUUGUUUGCUCUGUCCCGACUGAAGCAGAGCGGGGCGUUCCUCACCACCACUGAGGCUGUUCUGCUGCAGCUGGUUCAAGGCGCCAAACACCCAAACUUCAAGGAGAUCCAGAGGCUUUUGGCCCACCCGUCCCCUGACACCGGCCUCCUCUCCUUCUUCAGCGCUCUGUAGCAGGACAAUCUCCUGUGAUUCUGUCCCUAAAAUACUGUACAGAAUUUCACUGCAACACACUGAUAAAGUGCUUCAAUAAAAGGAUAUUGCUAUA